CUUAUUCUGUCAGAGUUCUUUCAUUGGAAAAGAUUGAAGAAAGAAGAUGAGAACAAAAUUUUUGAUUCUUUUUCUAAUCGUUUGCAUUUUAGCAACGAUUGAAUGUAAGAAACAUAAAUGUAAAGGACGUAAUCGUUCAAGAGGUUGCAAUAGGUCAAGAUCAGGAUCAGGAAGUGGAGAAUCGGAAGAAGACUACGAACCGUGCCAAGAGUUCUGUGAAAGACGAGAAAGGGAAAGGCAAAGAGAAAGAGAUGAAGCAAGGUCAUGUUCAGGAAGACGGGGAAGGGGAGGGUGUCGUCGUGGUAGCAAAGAACGCAAGCCGCACAGUAAAGAAAGAAGAGGCAGCAGGGAAAGAGACUCAGAUCGUGAAAAUGAAAGAAGAGAAAGAGAUUGCGAAUGCGCCACAAGAGUGACUACAGAAGCACCUCAAUGCCGACCACGUGAUCCUGACUGUAGAACAACUGAGAGUACAUCGUCUAGCUCCACUACGACAUCUAGCACGACUCCCUCGACAACGAUGUCGACUACCACUCCGUCUACUACGACAUCUAGCACUACGCCUUCAACAACGAUGUCUUCUACAACCCCAUCUACGACAUCUAGCACCACUCCCUCAACUACAUCGUCUACUGACUCAACUACCACUACCACUACUACCACGACAACCACUACAACCAGAAUACCGAUUUGAAAUAUAAUCUGAGAAACAAUGAAGAGAUUCCACUGUAUCAGCUAUAUUUACUUAUUUGAGAUAAUCGAAUAAAUAAAAAUACUAAGAAGAUU